UAGCUGCUUGCUGUUCUUUUAGCAAGGGAAAUACCUCUCAGCAUAGACUCAUCUCUCUCGCUCACCGGAGCGAUCAUGAUCGACAUUAAUAGAAACAUGUAAGUUAUGGAUUCCUGUAGGUCCACCCUACCGUCAACGUGACCAGGGAAUCGCUGCUUCCUCAUCUUAGUCCUACUUUCUUACCAUCACCUAGUAUAUUAGUCUUUUAUUGAUCGACCCAGGAAAUUAUAAAGGGUCUUCAAGCUUAAAAGCGGAAUCGAUGAGGAUUCCAUUCCGCAGCAAAGCAAGUUCCUUCUCCUCUCCUCUGCUCUGAACCUCUACCUUAUUCCUCUCAGACGUGUCUAAUACAUUGGAUUCUCGAUCGCCAAUUAUGAUUCUCCAAUUAGCUAUACUACUUCCCCGCCGCUGCUUAUAAAGAGCGAGCACCCAGGCGACAGCUUCCUCAUGCCAAGAGCCCUCCGGCGAACACCGCCUCCACAAUUCCCUCCUUCCUCCUCCCGUUUCAUCCUCGACUCUCCUCUUACCACCUCUUGAUCCUCGCCACCAUGGCUUCGGGAUCGCUCUCGCGCAGCUCGACCUCCUCGUGGACUCCGCAGCAGAACAAGCUCUUCGAGCGGGCUCUCGCGGUGUACGACAAGGACACCCCCGAUCGCUGGCUAAAUGUGGCACGAGCCGUAGGCGGGGGGAAGACCGCCGAAGAGGUCAAGAAACACUACGAGCUGCUCUUGGAGGACCUCCACCGCAUCGAGUCGGGUCGGGUGCCGUAUCCAAAUUACAAGUCCUCCGGCACCCGGCGCUGACGAGGAAGAGAGGCUGAGGUGGUCGAAGCUCCAGGAAAACCAUCCUUCUUCUCUGGAGAUCACUUAAGAUCAAUACAUUAUAUGUUUUGGGGCAGUGGUGAAGUUAAUGUAGUCGUCGGAUGUUCCUUUGCAUGUCGAUGUGUCUACUUUGCAAGUGAAUGACAUGGCAAAGCAUUGACUCGGUGUUGGCUUUUA